AUGGUACAGAAAUAUCAAAAUCAAAAAGUUCAAGAAAAAAAACCUAUUCCCCGUUCCCUAAUAUCUGGAGAUGCUACUCUAAGUCAUUCAGAUGAAUCUGAUUCUAUUCCUUCCAAAAAGCCCGGGCACCAAGGAAGCCGAGCCGAAGAAGCCGAAGCGCCGCUGCAGCCGCCGUCGCCGCUGCAGCCGCCGCCGCCGCUGCAGCCGCCGUCGCCGCUGCAGCCUCCGCCGCCGCCGCUGGUGCUGCAGCGGGUCCAGGAGGGCCUGAGCCUCUCGCAGGAGGCCGUGAACGUCAUGGAUUCGUUCGUGAAGGACAUCUUUGAGCGAAUCACCGAUGAGGCGGCGCGCCUGGUCCGCUCCAGCAAGCGCUCCAUCCUCACCUCCAGAGACAUGCAGACCUCCGUGCGCCUGCUGCUGCCUGGGAAGAGGGGCAAGCACGCCAUAUCCAGCGCCACCAAGGCAGUCAUUCGGUACCUAACCGGCAAAUGA